GUGAAAGAUCCAGCACAUUGUCACCAGUAGUAGUGGAAGGAAGAAGCAAGAAGUAGUGCACGAAUUAGUGUCCCAGGUUGUGCUGUGAGUUUAAAGCCUCUUAGUUUGUUGCAAAUUCCCCUAAAAGAAAAAGUCAAAACCGCAGGUCGACUAAUGAACAGUACGGAUCCGUUUACGACGGUUUGUGGAUCGAACUGUUUAAAAGCCAUACAGCGAGGAUGCGAAAGAAUCGUUAAAGAGUUUAGAUAAUGAAAUCGUUGUCCGGGCCGGUGGAACCGUGGAAAUUGUGCUUUGGUUUUGGUGGCAUCUAGCAUCCGCCAGCAAUACAUCUCCACCUACACAGGAGCUCGUCCUUUGGUGGUUGGUCGUUUGCAGCUUCAUCGUUAGAUCGCACAUCGCGUAAGGAUACUUUCGAUCGAAAACGGAUAACACUCGUACCGAACUCGUGGGCAAACUAUUCGACGAAGGACAUGUCGAAGCAGUAUGUAUUGGGUGGACUGCUCGUGAUGGUGGUACACUGUAUCCGAGAGAUCAACGGAGAGUACCAAACCAGUCUUACGUUCAACGACAUUUUACCGGAGGAUCCAAAGCUGUACGAUAAGAUGCGGCCACCGAAGAAGGACGGGCAACCGACCAGCGUCGCCUUCCACGUGACCGUUAUGGGGCUGGAUUCGAUCGACGAAAACUCGAUGACGUACGCGGCCGACAUCUUUUUCGCGCAAACCUGGAAGGAUCACCGGUUACGGUUGCCGGAGAAUAUGACUUCCGAGUAUCGGUUGCUCGAGGUGGACUGGCUCAAAAACAUGUGGCGACCGGAUUCGUUUUUCAAGAACGCCAAAUCGGUCACCUUCCAAACGAUGACCAUUCCCAAUCACUACAUGUGGCUGUACAAGGACAAGACGAUACUGUACAUGGUGAAGCUGACACUGAAGCUGUCCUGUGCGAUGAACUUCCUCAUCUAUCCUCACGAUACGCAGGAAUGCAAGCUGCAGAUGGAGAGCCUAUCUCACACAACGGACGAUAUGGUGUUCCAAUGGGACGAAGAGGUACCACUGGUGGUAGAUGAGCACAUCGAGCUGCCACAACUGGCGCUGGUUAAGAACUAUACGGCCGAUUGCACGCAGGUCUAUUCCACCGGUAACUUCACCUGUCUCGAGGUGGUGUUUGUGUUGAAGCGACGCCUAGGAUACUAUCUGUUUCACACCUACAUUCCAACCUGUCUUAUCGUCAUCAUGUCGUGGGUUUCGUUUUGGAUCAAACCGGAAGCGGCUCCGGCACGCGUAACGUUGGGUGUGACGUCACUGCUGACGCUCAGCACACAGCACGCCAAAUCGCAGGCAUCGCUACCACCGGUCUCCUACCUGAAGGCGGUCGAUGCCUUCAUGUCCGUUUGCACAAUAUUUGUGUUUAUGGCGCUGAUGGAGUACUGUCUGGUGAACAUUGUAUUGGGUGAUUCAGAUCCACCGACACCGAAGCCACAUCCACCCAAGAUGGAUAAGUUCUUCGAUUUCAAUGCCAAAAAUGGCAAACGGAACAGCAAAUCGCAUGAUCAUCCGCAUGACGUUCCCAUCACGACGUUCCAGCGCCAGGAGAGCACACUGCUGCUAUCGCCCGUGCCACACAUUCAAACGAUACCGCCACCACCCUGCAAACCGGCCUCGGCCAUACCGAAGCUAACGCCAGCUCAGAUGCGCCUCAAGCGCGCCAUCAACAUCGAUCGCUUCUCCCGAGUGUUCUUUCCCUUUCUCUUUACUCUGCUCAACGUUACGUACUGGAUCAUGUUCUGGGAGUACAUUUAAGGUGCAGAGGCAGCAGUUACAGUUAGAGUGCUUAACGAGAGAGGGAGACAAUAGAGUACAGUGUAGCCCAGUAGAGUCUGUGGAAUGGGACAGAAUUAUGUAAAAAAAAUAAUGAAACACCAUGCGCCUCCAUUGAACGUUUCAGCGUGAGCGAGAUGUCCUUAUUAAGGUGCAUCGGUUCACAUCGGUUUCGGUAAGAGGAUAAGAGCAGGUUUACGGAAGCGGAAAAGCAGCAGGUAAAUGGUGCGGGGAAUGAACGGAACUUGACCAUUUGUUCAUGUAGAAAACGCAAAUAAAAUCGAAAGAUCUGAUGAUGUUAAUGCAAAGACCUAAUAUUAUAAGCCCAAGCCUAUCGAAUGUACGAUACACCCCUAGCAAACAGGGGAAGCUUACAAAAUAGAUUUAUUGUAGGUUAAUCAAUAAGUGCGCGCCAAUAAUGAAUUACGCUAAUAAUAUGAACUGUAAGUGUAAAAUGUUUAGUGCACAUGCACGAGCACACCGUUUGUGCGGGUAGUUUAAAGUGACUAAUAAGAAUGCUAACUCAACUUCAA